GUCAGUAUAGAGCCGAUCAUCCAAGGUGUUGAUAGAAUGCCGGAGGGUGCCAGAGAAGCACCCUCCGAAUUGUUUCCUCCUCCUGCCAUCGACUUGAGUGGUGAUUUAGUCAAGCCUCCAGAAGAUUCUGUAGAAAAGCCUUUCGCACGCCGAAUUGUCGCUUUUGCUUCUCUACAUGACGAUCUGAUCCGAUCCGAUUCGGCGUGUUGUGGUCUGGUCUGUUCUCUGCACAUUCGGAUGAACAUCGCAUGCCUUGACCCGGCAAAGUUUCGACUGGAGUCACUAAGAUCCAGACUCAAUGAGCUGAUAUCUUUAUUUAUUUUUUUCGGUGCCACUUUAUAG